GGGCGCAUCCCAUGAGUGAGGUGGAUCUUCUGCCGGAGGGAAUUGUAAGCAGUUCGUUCCAGAGUGAUGGCGAAUGGGAGUUACUGGAGAAGAAACUACAAAGUGGAGGAGAAGUUGGAGCACAUAAUUUGACCUAUGAAAAGAUCAAGUAUACAUUCUGCUCCCAAAGGCAAUUUCAAUGGUACAUUCCGUUGAUGAUGAUACCACUGGGUGUUCUGUCCCUACUGAUGCCAGGCAUGUUCCUUGUGCCUGUGGAGACUGGAGAGAAAAUGUCCUACGCUCUGACAGUGAUGCUGUCAUUUACUGUGAUCAGUUCUUUUCUCUUUGAAACACUACCAACCGUUUCAAACACCUACUCCUUAUUAGGUGUAUACAUUUCUUCAACGAUGACGUGCGGUGCACUAAUGAUUGUGUGUUCCUUGAUGGUGCUCUAUACUAACCACCCUGCUGAUGUCAGUGACCGCAUGAGAACAGUGAAGGCGCUCGAUACUUGUGCUUUUGUUUUCUUCUUCAGCCUAAUGGUACUGAUGUUGAUCUGUUUUCUGUUUAUUUUGAAUUAUCCUAUCGAUGAUAAGAGCAUUAGUGUCAUUGGAAUAAUGCUUGGCGUUCCCAUUGCAGUUAGCGUUUUCACAUGUUCAGUCGUAACCAUAUAUAAAUGUCGAAAGAGUCCCCAUAUCAAGGAAACAGAUCAACAGGGAGGAACACAACAAACGGAAGGUGAAGAUACUUCUGCUGCCACCUCAUCUGCCCUAUAAAAUAUGGCGUCAUAAAUUGAAUUCCCCAUGCCAUUACAAAUGCAAUCCUUAAAAUUGGUGCAUCACCUAUUUCCAACGCAUCGGGCGCAUUGCAUUCAAAAUUCGGUUUUAAUGUGUUCGCAUAUGUAAAUUACCAAGAAGUGCUUUUUUUCGCGCAUCGUAUGAAGUCACACAUAAAACUACGGGAUCAGUGUGAUAUAGUCUUAAAUCGAAACAAGGCAAAUAUAUCAGCAACAAUAUAUAUGCAAAUAUAUAUCAUGAUCAACACGCAUGUGACGACACGGGUGCUCAACCGGUUGGGCCGUGAAAAAAGGAUCGUGAACUUACAUUUUGCUUCACCAUAGUAAAAUUUGUAGUAUGAGUACAUAGACAUUGUAUGAACACUCGCUCGCAUGCCCGCGAACAUGCAAGCACGCACGCACGCACUCACGCACGCACGCACGCACGCACGCACGCACACUGGUUCUCAUUAGUCAGGUAUGGUAAUACAGUUUGAACUUUGAUACCACGGAGGGUGGUUUAACAUGUGUAUAGUUUCCCCGUCGUUUAAAACUUUAUGAUUUAUAAACUGCUUCUCAUUUUUUUUGCGUCUAUUUUUUUAAGUGUCACAUCUUACAUACAGCACAAAUAUAAAACGUGUAAGUAAGCAAUAAAUAUAACAUCCUGCCAAAAAAUGGUCUAUGACACACUAGUAUGGACAUGUAAAACGUUUAUAGGCACGUGACCUAUGAGGCACUAAAAUCGACAUGUAAAGCAUAAUACUAAUAAAUACUUG